UACGCUGUCGUCUGUUUAAACCACCUAUCGGAAUUCCCUUUCGUGUGGCCCCGGAUUGUGCUCAGAUUAAAUUUUCUUCCGUGUCUAGCUUUGUCAGUUGAAAUGCACUUCGUUAGAAUUUCUGACAUAAGAUAAAAAUCAGCAGAAGUCUUUGAUUUUUCCUAUCCCAUUUGGAAUACUACCAGAAGCUGGACACGACAAUCGGUAUCUACUGAGAUCAUGAUUUAAGAAAUGGCAGCCCUCGCUAUGAGUGGAGCACCUCCACCGUUACCUAGCAGGGCAGGGCGACCAGACCCACCAUCAGUUAGCACCCUCCCUCGUAGAGGUCCCACAAGCACAUCCAGACCACAGUCCAGUCAGUCUCCCAGGAACCGAAGAGGAUCAUCAGAUGAAUUACCCCCACCCCCGCCAAGAAAUAGACACGACCCCCUCCCACCUACCCCUCCCUCCACUGCAAGUUUACCCCCCGCCCAGGUUAACCAACAAAGACAUAGUUCACAUACUUUACCCAGAAAUUCACGAAGUGAAUCUAACCUUCAGAGCAAAGAUGCUGAACCCCCUAGACUACCCCCUCGUAGGGGGAGUUCCUUCCAUGGCGCACAUUCCUCCAGUGCGAGGCCCCACCUGACGAAUGGCUCCAUUCCAGCUCCCAUCCAAGAGAGUGACGAUCUCGAGUCCCGUUUUAUGUUCCACGAUGUUAACGAACUACCAGCACCUCCAGAAUUCAAAAAUGUCAAGAAAAAGUAUUCGAGUAAAGAAUACGAGAGGCAUAAACGACAGAAAAGAACACCGGAACCCAGGAAUGACUGAAAUUGGAUCCGCGCCUUAAUGAAGCUUAAAAUUCUAUGUCUAUCCGGAUGAGUGGAAUUCGUUGUUGUAAGAAAUGUGACCAUCACCUUCAGAUGGAGCAUUAGUUUAUAUAAACAGUAACUGCUCAGUAACUGUUGUGGUGGUCAAAAUGAUUUGUUAUUAAUUUUCUGCUGUAAAGAUGCUUUGUUGCUAGAAUGCUGUUUUCAGUUGUCGGACAAGAGUGGAAUAAAAGUAUGAAUGUGCAAGAGUAACAUAAGAUGUAUACUUCUUUUUUUUUUUAUACAUAUUUAUAAUUUUUUUAAUAUUUAUAUGAAAUCAUCGAGUAAUAAAACUGAAAAGUGUUGACAAACC